CUGAAAAUGACAGCUGUGUCCAUGCGCAGUGCUUCACUUCCUACAUGGUGCUCAGCAGAAACAGGAGUUGGGAGCUGGUGCUGGUUUCAGCGCUCCUGUUUACAGGUCUCUGUAAGCCUUUCUGUGGACUUGCCAUGUGUUCCGGAAUAGUGGAGAAUUAUGUCGCAGCCAUGGUGCUCAGUGGUGCCGGAGAUGCCCUCGGUUACAAAAAUCGCGAAUGGGAGUUCUGUACAAAGGGUUCAAAGAUUCAUGCUGCACUGGCCGAACUAGGAGGCAUUGAGAACAUAGAUGUAAAAACGUGGAUAGUAAGUGAUGACACUGUCAUGCAUAUUGCCACGGCAGAAGCUUUGGCGAAGGCAGGAAAAAACAUUGAACCUUCCAAUCUAUAUCCUUUACUGGCAAAGAAAUACAAGGAGUGUAUGGAUGACAUGGAUGGCAGAGCACCAGGAGGUACUUGCAUGAGCAGUGCAUAUCAGCUAAAUCCUGCAACUCCAGAUGGAUGGAUGAUCCCAUUCCAUAAAUCAGCAGGAGGGUGCGGUGCAGCUAUGAGAGCUAUGUGCAUAGGACUGAGGUUUCCACGCCCAGAGCAACUGAAUGAUCUGAUACGCAUCAGUGUAGAGAGUGGUAGAAUGACACACCACCAUCCUACAGGAUACCUGGGUUCACUGGUGUCUGCAUUGUUCACCUCUUAUGCCAUAAAUCGUAAGCCUCCGCACGAGUGGGGUAAGGGUUUGCUGGAUGUGUUGCCUUUGGUAAAGGACUAUGUCAUAGAUGCCGGACGGGAUGUGUCGCAGAAUCUGGGUGCAUGGUCUUACUUUGAAGAACAGUGGAUUUCCUAUCUUGGAAAAAGGGAAAUUUUGAAUGGAACAUCUCAGCCACAGUUUCCAGAGAAAUAUGAUGUUGAGGAACGAGAUCAGUUUUACACUUCAGUAAGCUACAAUGGAUGGGGUGGAGGCAGUGGGCAUGAUGCACCCAUGAUUGCUUAUGAUGCGAUCCUUGGUUCUGGUGAAGACUGGACAGAACUCUCUCACCGUGCAUUUUUCCAUGGUGGGGAUAGUGAUUCAACUGCAGCCAUUGCAGGUGCCUGGUUUGGAAGCAUGUAUGGAUUCAAGAGUGUCCCCAAAGCCAACUAUAAGAAAUUGGAAUACAGAGAGAGACUAGAAAAGCUUGGAAAGGAGCUCUACCAUCUUGCAUAAAGCAUGGGCCUAAUUUGUAAAGCUUCUAUCUAUAAAGUAAAAAAUUCCUUUCACUGAAAUGUGCCUUAGGCAAUUUGAAGAGUAAUUCCAACAAAAAUUAUCUUUCCCUACUUACAGUACUCAAACUGUGUUGCUCUUAGAAUCCUGUUACUGGAAACAACACAUGCCAUAGUAACCAGUAGACCACAGAACCUGUCACCUCUACUAUUCUGCCCUCUCUGCAGACCUGAGAAACGAGUCCGACAAGACUUGUGGCCUAUCCCUCCCCUGCCUCCUGCCAAUGACUGGCAGGUUUCUUUCCUUUGCUUAACAUAAAAGAACCCUGUCAGUCAUAGGGAGGGGGGCACAAGUCUCUUCGGACUAGUCUUCCCUCACAGCGCUGAGAGGUUCUUCCUGUCAGUACUAAUAAAUACAGAAUUAGCCCAAAAGUGACAGCAUGCUGAAAUCAGCAGGUUUGUCACUAUUCUUCCUUUAGAGAAGGCAGCAUAGUACAGGUGAUAGAUUCCCUUUAAAGUGAGAAAUUUAUCCAGCUCUACUCUCCAAACAUUUUGGCUUAAAAAAGCCUCUGCUACUUUUUAGGCUUGUUUGCACAAAUAUUUUGCUACAAUUAGCAUUUUUUACACCACUCACACCACUUUUGAAAAUAAAGUGGAUAAGAGCGCGUUGUCUGUGAUGCUGCUUUCAGCCAGAUUUAUCAACUUCAGUCAAAACAUUCUAAAAAAUGUUUGCAAUCUUUCUCCAGUAAAGGGGUGGCAUAGAAAGUGGAGUAACAUCUCCAGACAGAAGCGUUAACUGACUUUAAAAUUCCCCUUGUGAUCAAUCUUACCCAAAAAUUCCAAUUUCCAUUUAUACAUUUCUGAAGGUGUAUAUGGACACUAUAGAGCCUCUUACUGUGGAAAUCAGUGGUGGUCCAAAAUUACAGACGUCACCAAAGUGAUUUUCUCACAUCUAUCUUUGACAUGUUAGGAGAUCAUUUUAACAGGAAUUCCCCUUAAAAUUCGUCAGAAGACGUUUCCCGGGGGAGAAAACGGCCAGAGAGGGUCAAAAAUUAUAAAGCAUUACUUGCCUCAAUGUUUCAUAUUUGAUGCUGCUCUGGUCUGUUUGAGAUACUUAAAUUUGCUGGAAAUGCUUGCUCUCUAUUUUCGGGGGACCAGUAGGAAGUCUUGGUGGUGGCCAAACCCGGCACUGCUGGCCACCACUUUGCCAGCCUCAUUUUAGAGAUAGGUGCGAAUUACAUAUGUAGGACCUGCACAUAUCGGACAAUGGGGGCAUAUCCUAGCAAUAUGCUCCCAUUGUCUGAGAUGGUAAUACCCCUUUAAUUCAUAGCCACAAGUGACAUUCGUAGACUGGAUUACUUAUCCUAACUGUUGGGUGUUUACUUGUUUCCAAUGUCUAGUUAUGACUAGUUUCACUAGUAUGAGUAUAAAACCAACUACAAUUCUGAUUUUAGGGGGAACCUCAUGGAUUAUGAGGAAAAGUAGGGCUAACCCUGGGGAAGGUGUUAUACAGGUUUUUACGAGUUUUUGAUAUUUAGGGUCCAUUCACACUUCCUCAACUUGGGUCAGGAUCCGUUCCGCAAUUUUGCGGAACGGGUAGAACCCAUUUUUUUUUUUUAAUGGGGCCGCAUCUGCAUUUCCGGAUCUGUAAUUCCUUUCCCGAAAAAAAUAGAGCAUGUCCUAUUCUUGUCCGCAACUGCGGACAAGAAAAGGCAUUUUCUAUAAUAGUGCCGGAUAUGUGCGGUCCGUGAAAUGCGAAAGGCACAUUGCCGGUGUCCGUAUUUUGCGGACCGCAAAAAAACCUACGGACGUGUAAAUGGACCCUAAAGAAAAUACGUCCUGCCAGAACGUUUAUAGUUUAGGACAUGACAGUUUGUCCACAUUUCCUCCAACAACAUGCCAAUGUACCAGGGUAAAUAAUACUUAAUAGUCUUGGGGCAUACUACCACAGUGAAAGUGAUUUUACAGCCUCCUCGCAAUGAGUGACACAUUUAAAUGUAGAAGAAAUGCAGGUGGUAGCUCUAUGCCAAAGUGUAAAGCUUUUACUGAGUUGUGAUUUCUUCACUAAAAUUUUAUUGAUGGUUUUUUGAAGACAUUAGAUUUUUAUUUUUAAUUCUUUCUCCCCUGUAAACAUUUUUAAUUAUAUAUAUAUAUCAUUUUAGUUGUAAGCCAUAGAGUUCCUGUGAAGGUUCUAGCUUCUCUCUGAUGCUUUGGAGAAUCAGACAGUUAAAGGUCUUGUGACAAACAGUGAAAGGAAUUUUAUACUGUAGAAAUGCACUUUUUAUCUUAGAUGUACCGUAAACUAAUAGAUGGACCACGUGCCUUAACCACUUGGUAACCACCUGGCGGAGAUAUACAUCAGAUUAGUCUUCCUAUAGCUCUUUGGUGCUUAUGAUUACUCAAAGUCAGACAUCUUGACUCCAAAAAGAGAAGGCAGGUGUGGUUUAUUGCCUUAUUUGCCUUCACAAUUCCUCAAGACAUCAGUACUUGCCACUGGCUGUAUAAAUCCUAGCGAUCCCAGUAAAAAUAAAUCGAAGCUAAAAUGUCUGUUAAUCCUUUAUGAGGGACACUGUAUGUAAAAAAGUAAUAAAGGAAAAGUAACAAUGUAGCAAAAAAUAAAUAAAACAAGUCACUUGUGAUCAUCCGUGAA